AUGGCUGGUGGAGGGUUCGCAGUGGCCGAUGCCCCGUCGGGCGACUACGGCGGCGGCAUAACCUUCUCCGUCGUGGUCACCUGCCUCAUGGCAGCCUCCGGUGGCCUCAUCUUCGGCUACGACAUCGGCAUCUCAGGUACCGGCCUCACAAGUGUAUGCAAUUCUGCCGAGAUGUGUCUUUCUCUAAUCUCUAUGCAUGUACGUACAUCGGUGAUAAUGUUUGGUCGAUCAGGUGGCGUGACGGCGAUGGGGUCAUUCCUGGAGGAAUUCUUCCCGGGCGUGCUCCGACGGAUGGCUGCGGCGCGGCGGGACCAGUACUGCGUCUACGACAGCCACGUGCUCACGGCGUUCACGUCGUCGCUGUACCUGGCGGGGCUGGUCGCGUCCCUCGCGGCUGGCCGGGUCACCAGGGCGGUCGGGAGACAGGCAGUCAUGCUAGCUGGCGGCGUGUUCUUCUUCGUCGGCGCCGCCGUGAACGCUGCAGCGGUGAACAUUGCCAUGCUCAUCGUCGGCCGCAUGCUGCUCGGCUUCGGCAUCGGCUUCACCAACCAGGCGCCGGUGUACCUGGCGGAGACGGCGCCGGCCAAGUGGAGGGGCGCCUUCACGACGGGGUUCCAGCUCUUCCUCGGCAUCGGCAACCUCGCGGCCAACCUGACAAACUACGGCGCCGCGCGCAUCCCGCGGUGGGGCUGGCGGCUCUCCCUCGGCCUGGCGGCGGUGCCGGCGUCGGUCAUCCUCGUGGGCGCCCUGCUCAUCCCGGACACUCCCAGCAGCCUCAUCGUGCGCGGGCGGGUGGAGCAGGCGCGCGCCGCGCUCCGGCGCGUCCGCGGCCCCAAGGCCGACGUGGACGCCGAGCUGGAGGACGUGGCCCGCGCGGUCGAGGUGGCGCGCUCCAACGAGCAGGGCGCGUUCCGGAGGAUCCUCGGGAGGGAGUACCGUCCCCACCUGGUGAUGGCCGUGACCGUGCCGCUCUUCCAGCAGCUCACCGGGGUCAUUGUCAUCGCCUUUUUCUCGCCGGUGCUGUUCCAGACGGCCGGGUUCGGGAGCAACGCCGCGCUGAUGGGCGCCGUCAUUCUCGGCGCCGUCAACCUGGGCUCCGCCCUCGUGUCCGUCGCCACGGUGGACCGCUACGGUCGCAGGCCGCUGUUCUUGGCUGGUGGACUCGUCAUGAUCAUGUGCCAGGUUGCGGUUGCGUGGAUCAUGGGGUCGCAGAUCGGCCGUGACGGCGGGUCCACGAUGGCGAGGAAGUACUCCGUCGCGGUGCUGGCUCUGACAUGCGUGUUCUCGGCGUCGUUCGGGUGGUCGUGGGGUCCCCUGACGUGGGUGAUCCCCGGCGAGAUAUUCCCGGUGGAGGUCCGGUCGGCCGGGCAGGGCAUCAGCGUGGCCGUCAACCUCGGCGCCACAUUCGUGCUCACGCAGACCUUCCUCUCCAUGCUGUGCAGCUUCAAGUACGCCACGUUCAUCUACUACGCCGCCUGGGUCGCCGUCAUGACAGCCUUCGUGGUGGCAUUCCUGCCGGAGACCAAGGGGGUGCCCCUCGAAGCCAUGGGCGCCGUCUGGGCGCGGCACUGGUACUGGGGACGCUUCGUCAAGGUGCAGCAGCCGGCCAAGAACACCGACGCGCUCAUAAACUGA